CCACGCCGAUCCGCUCAACAGCCACCCCACUACGGCCAAGCCACCAUGCUUCUUUCCCUCGUUAAUAGCACCUUGCCGCAGCCAGCCUCUCCCCUGCUCCGAGAGCAACCAUGUGAGCGACAGGCGUUUGGGUCCGCUAAAGCCACACUCGCAAGCCCCGUUGCGCGCCGAUCGCUCGCGAUACGCGCUGCUCCGUCUGCGCAGGGCCACGUGGCGCCGUCGGACCAUGUCCAAUCGGAGCCCGGGCCCGAGGUUGACGCGGGGGAACAGUUGGCGGCGAAGGAGGCUCGCGUUCGCGCGGAGGUUUCGCGACGAAUUCGGCAGCUGGGGCGGGAAGGGAAUGCGUCGGCCGCUGUAGAGCUGUUCACUCAAAUGCAGGCGGACGGCAUAGCCCCAGACGCCAUGGCAGCCACGGCUCUGAUUGACUGCUGCGUGCGCUGCGGUGAGCUGGCCCGUGCCGAGCGCACCUUCUUCAACCUCUUCAGCAAAGCCCCACCCACCAGCAGUAGCAGCAGCAUCGCCUCCACAGCCAGCAGCGACGUUGGAAGGGCGGCCAAUCUGGUGCCUGACGCAGUGGCGGUGGGCGUUCUGCUGCGGGCGUACGGGCGCAAGAGCCCGCCGCAGUGGGCCAAGAUUCAGCAGCUGCUGACGCGCAUGGAGCUGGACUUCGGCCUGCAGCCGUCCACGGCGAUUUUCAACGAGCUCAUGGAUAUCUGUGCGAGGGACAAUGCGGUGGACCGUGGUGUGCAGCUGCUGGACCGGAUGGCCGAGGCAGGGGUUGAGCCGGAUGUGUUCACGUUUGAGGCGGUGAAGCGCCGGAGGACACUACGCUCGCAUUUCAAGAAGCUUUUUAACUGAACAGGGUGGACAAUACUACGGAUAAAGUAUAGCUAAUUAGAGAGAAGGGUACAGAAAGUGGUAUGGGCUUUGGGAUGGGUGGGUUGGAGGUUGAGGGAUGAGGCUGACAAAAGGCGAGGGUGAGGGUUUAGGAGAGAUGUCACUAUGCUGGUGACUUCUUGAUUUAUCGAAUGGGUUAACUGCCCCAUUGUUGAAUGAAGAUAGCUUAGCCAAUGGUGGGAGAUAAUGUUGCUGUUUGUGACAUUUGCAGCUACACUUGAAAAGCAU